AUGUCUGCCGCCGCUAAGCCCGCCGCCAAGAAGGCCGCCUCCAAGAAGGCCGCCGGCACCUCGGUCUCCUACGAGGUGGUCGCCGACGAGCGUCGCGGUCGCCGUCAGCAUCCGUCUGCGAUUUGGAUGGAUGGAACACGCGCGCGCGUCUCGCGAUGGACCCACCUCUCGAAAAUAAUUUACUGCGCCGCCUCGCCCCCCUGGGAUGCUGGCAGCACCGAUAAGCACGACGAUGACAGCCUGCUGACCCGAUCCUCCCUCUUUUGCCUGCUCGCCAUCUCCAUGAUCAAGGAGGCCAUCCUUGCUCACCCCGCCGAGGCCCGUGCUGGUAUCGGCCGUGCCACCAUCAAGAAGUACAUCCAGUCUCACCACCCCGAGACCGCCAAGGGCUCCGAGGCCACCUUCAACACGCGUGUCAACCAGGCCAUCACCCGCGGUGCCGAGAAGAAGACCUUUGUCCUCCCCAAGGGCCCCUCGGGCAAGGUCAAGCUCGCCCCCAAGGCCAAGGUCGAGAAGAAGCCCGCCACCGCCGCCGCCGCCAAGAAGCCCGCGGCCAAGAAGGCUGCCGUCGCUAAGAAGCCUGCUGCGGCUGCCAAGAAGCCCGCUGCCAAGAAGGCCCCUGCUGUGCCCGCCCUCCCUUCCCACCUCUUCGUCAUCACCAUCGCGGCUCUCGUCGUCGUCGUCGUCGUCGUCAUCAUCAUCAUCAUCACCGCCGCCAAGAAGCCUGCUGCCAAGAAGGUCGCUUCGUCAACGGCCACCAAGGCCAAGAAGCCCGCUGCCAAGAAGGCUGACGCUCCUGCUCGCAAACCCCUUGCUCCCGUCCAACCCAAGGUGGCGAAGCCCGCCGCCAAGAAGGCUGCCGCCAAGAAGGCAUAA